UGCGGUGUGUAUUUGACAGGAGCAGGAGGAAGUGGGAACGUUUGGAUCAAAGGGAAAAAACCGUUUGGGAAGAAGGAGCUCGUUUAAAGGAUUUACCUGACUUUAAACUCAUCUGUAAUGUAAGGAUAUAAAACCACAAGCUGAGGAAAGAUAUGCCUUAAUGUAUUUCAUACUCUGAGCCAACACAAAGGGUCUUUGCAGAGGAGAGUGCAUGCAGUACAUCAGUGUUUCAGCACAUUCAUGAACACACAGAUCAGCCAUAAUAUUAUCACCACCUGCCCUGAUCUGAUGAGGCCUGACCUAAAGGUGUGCUGCAGGACCUUUCAUCAGAGACUUUAACAGGCUUAGAAUCCUGGAAGUUGCAAGCUGAGGCCAGCAUUACGGAGACAAAUCGUCCAAACGUCAUCCACAUGAGGCAUGCUGGAAGUAUGCAGCCCAUGUACAGAAGAGACGCCGGAGUCUGGCAUCAAACAAGAAGUCUUCUCUACAAGAAUCUGCUCAUCAAAUGGAGGACCAAGCAACAGAGUCUUCAGGAAUUGAUCCUGCCUCUUCUGCUGUUGGGUCUCCUGAUCCUCAUCAGCACCCUGAACCCUCACGUGUAUUACGGAGGCAUCAGCACGCUGGAGCUGGAGCGCGAGGACCAAUUCUUCAAGGGCCUGGGCUACACGCCAAUCACCAACGUCACCAACCACAUCAUGGAGGAGGUGGCCCAGGAGAUGCACAUGCAGGAUCGUCUGGAGAUGUUUGCGAGUGAGGAGGACCUGGAGAACGCCAGCCUGUACGAGCCGUCCAGCUAUGUCGGUGUUGUUUUCAUGGACAGCUCGGCCAUGUCUUACAGACUACGGUUCCCGUACAACCAGCUCCCUCUACCGAGCGAUUACACAGAAUCCAUCGCAAACUGUUUCACCAGCUCAGUGAACUGCAGAGCAGCUAAUUACUGGUACUCCGGCUUCAUCCGCCUCCAGUCUUACAUCGACGCAGCCAUCAUUCAGAUGCAGACGAAGCGCUCGGUCAGGAGCGAGAUGAACCUGAAGGUGGUGAUGAUGGGGCAGCCCGGCUCCGUGGAGGUGCAGAAGUUCCCUCACGCCCUCAUCUCCAUCUACCUGGUCCUGGCCUUCACGCCUUUUGUCACCUUCCUCAUCGUUAACGUCGCAGCGGAGAAGGAGCAUCGCCUCAAGGACACCAUGACCAUGAUGGGGCUUUACGACACGGCGUUCUGGUUGUCAUGGGGCCUCCUGUACGCCGCUCUGGUGACCACCAUGUCCAUCCUGAUGGCGAUCAUCGCCACGUACACCGCCCUGUUUCCUAACAGUGACUUCCUUGUGAUCUUCUUCCUCAUCUUCCUCUAUGGAAUAUCAUCGAUCUUUUUCUCCUUCAUGCUGACUCCGUUAUUUAAGAAGCCUAAGUUUGCCAGCACAGUGGGCUCCAUGCUGACGGUGGUGUUUGGCUGCCUGUCCCUCUUCACUGUGCUGAUGAAGGACUUUCCACAGCCACUGGUCUGGCUUCUCUGCCUGCUCUCCCCCAGCGCCUUCUCCAUAGGGAUCGCACAGGUGGUUUAUCUGGAGGCUCAGGGAGACGGUGCUGUGUUUUCCUCCCUGGCCAACGGUCCUCAUCCUCUUUAUGUGCCUCUGCUGAUGCUGAUUCUAGACUGCAUCCUCUAUCUUCUGUUGGCUGUGUACCUGGACCAGGUACUGCCUGGUGAGUUUGGGAUGAGGAGGUCCUUGGUGUACUUCCUGAAGCCGUCCUAUUGGUCCAAACGCAGGAAGCGCUACGUUGAAGUGAGCUCUGUGUACGAUGCUGAGGUGAAAGGUGCUCCGAGCGGGGAUGAGUGCAUCGAGCCGGUGUCGCCUGAGUUCAGAGGGAAAGAAGCCAUCCGCAUUAAUAACAUCCAUAAAGUCUACAAAGAGAAGGACAACGUGGUGGAGGCUCUGCGGGGCUUGACCUUUGACAUCUACGAGGGCCAGAUCACGGCUCUGCUGGGACACAGCGGGGCCGGGAAGUCCACCCUGAUGAACAUCCUGUGUGGCAUCUGCCCUCCCACCAACGGCUCGGCCACCAUCUACGGCUCCCCCGUGGCGGAGAUCGCGGACGCGUCGGAAAUGAAGCAGCUGGUGGGAAUCUGCCCUCAGUUCAACAUCAUCUUUGAUGUGCUGACGGUGGAGGAGCACCUGAGGAUAUUCGCGGCCAUCAAAGGGAUACCACCGGGGGACAUUGAUGCUGAGGUCACCAAAGUGCUGAAAGAUCUGGACCUGGAGAAGAUCAUGACCGCUCAGGCCAAAAACCUCAGCGGAGGCCAGAAGAGGAAACUCUCCGUGGGCAUCGCCAUCCUAGGGGAUCCAAAGAUCCUGCUCCUGGACGAGCCCACAGCAGGUAUGGACCCCUGCUCCAGACACCAGGUGUGGUCUUUGCUGAAGAGCCGCAGAGCCGGGAGAGUCACGGUGCUCAGCACUCACUAUAUGGACGAGGCGGACAUUCUUGCAGAUCGUAAAGCUGUGAUUUCUCAAGGACAGCUGAAAUGCGUCGGCUCCUCUCUGUAUCUCAAGAUCAAGUGCGGCGUUGGAUAUCACCUCAGGAUGUCGAUCAACGAGCGAUGUGAUGCGGAGAACAUGACGUCGCUGGUGAAGAAUCACGUUCCCAAGGCGAAGCUGUCUCGACAACACGAGGCAGAGUUGACUUUUACUCUGCCUUUUGAGAACAUGGACACAUUCUCAGGCUUGUUCUCUGUGCUCGACGGCCAACCUAAUCUUGGAAUAAUCAACUACGGCGUGUCCAUGACAACUCUGGAGGAUGUUUUCCUGCGUUUGGAGGCCGAGGCUGAAGUGGACCAAGCGGACUACAGUGUGUUCAAUCGGGAGCAGGUGGAGGUCGAGUACGACAACACCUCCCUGGACGACACGGACCAGCGGCUGCUGACCUUCUCAGACAGCAAGUCAGACGUAGUGACGGGUCACGCUCUGUGGAGGCAGCAGUUCAGCACCGUGGCCUGGCUGCACAUGCUCAACAUGCGGCGGGAGAGGAAGGCUUUCAUCUACACUCUGGCCUUGUUCCUGGUGUUUGUCGCCGCGGUGCUCGUUCUUUCUCUGGCCACAGGAAACAUCCAGAUUAACUCCCCAGACCGACAGUUUCUGCCUAUUUACCUCCUCAAAAAGAACCAAGCACCACAUCGAUACGCCACCAGCCUCCUGGUCCAGAACUCCUCAGGCUCUGAUAUCUCUGACUUCCUCCACACCCUGGAGUCUCAGAACAUCCAAGUGGAGCUGAUGAAACACAGGGACUACAUGGCUGCGGCUCCGCACAGCGCCGCCAUCAACGUGACCGGAUCCAGCAAGGGUUUCAGGUACGAAGUGGCCUUCAACAGCACCACGGUUCACUCCUUACCCAUGGCCGUCAACAUCCUGAGCAACACUCUCCUGAGAGGUCUGAAUGGUACCGGACAGAUCCGGACCUGGACCAAACCGUUUGACUAUCAAAUCCCAGACGCUACCUCCUACGCUUUGGUGUACAUCGAGGCCAUCAUACUGGGGAUGCUGGCGGCUGGGAUGCCUGCGUACUUUGCGAUGGACCACACUCGAGACAGAGAGAUCAAGUGUCGCUCUACGCUGCGUAUCUCCGGUCUGGUGCCGUCAGCCUACUGGUGCGGACAGGCGGCCGUGGACAUCCCCUUCUACUACCUCAUCCUCUCCAGCAUGACCAUGAUCCUCUUCUCCUUCCACACCGGGAACCUGCUGACCUCCAGUAACCUCACGUCUGUGGUCCUGUGCAUCGUCGGCUUCGGUCCCUCCAUGAUCCUCUUCACUUACGUGGUUUCGUUCGGUUUCGCCCGGGUGCAGAGUAACAGAGACUUCUUCUCCGUCAUCUCCAUGAUGUUGUGCGUCGUGUCGGCCUCGCUGGUCCAGCUGUCAUUUAUGAACGACAGUCCUGGAGUGACCAGAAACCUGCACAACAUCCUGUGUUUCUUAAACCCUCUCUACCCUCUCAUGGGCUGCCUCAACUGCAUCACCAAGGCGACCUUUCUCCCCUCGCUGUAUGAAGAGAACUCCCUGUGGAAGAACCUGCUCAUCGCCGUGCUCGCUCCCUACCUGCAGUGCAUCCUGCUGCUCUUCCUGCUGCGCUGGCUGGAGAUCCGCUACGGAGGGAGGACGAUGAAGAACGAUCAGUUCUGCAGGAUCUCCUCCAAGUCCAAGCCCAAAGUGGAGAGGAAUCCAGAGGAGGGGCUGAACGAGGACGAGGACGUUCAGAUGGAGAAGGCCCGAGUGAAGGAGGCCCUCAAUUGCCAGUCCUGUGAAGAGAAACCCGUGGUGGUCGUGAGUAACCUGAGGAAGCAGCACAAAGGCCGAAGAGAAGGCUUCUCCCUGAACAAGACGAGGAAAGUGGCCACAAAGAACAUCUCCUUCUGCGUCCGUAAAGGUGAAGUUCUUGGACUGCUGGGCCCCAACGGAGCAGGGAAGAGCACCGUCAUGCACAUGCUGUCAGGAGACACGGACCCCACUGCAGGCCAGGUCCUGAUGGGGGACUACAGCACUGAGUUUCGUCCCGUGGAGAAUCCUCUGGAACACGUGGGCUACUGUCCUCAGGUGAACCCUCUGUGGCCCAGGAUCACGCUGCAGGAGCACUUGGAGAUCUACGCCGCCAUCAAGGGCCUGAAAGGACAGGAUGUACCCGGUAUCAUCAAACGCGUGGUGAACGCUCUGGAGCUGAAGGACCAUCUCAACAAACAAGCCAAAACUCUGUCAGCAGGACUCAAGAGGAAGUUGUGCUUUGCUCUGAGCAUGAUCGGGAACCCUCAGAUCGUUUUACUGGACGAGCCGUCAUCAGGGAUGGACCCGAAGUCCAAACAACGCAUGUGGUGA